GCCUAGCAACGGUCACUCUGGGAAAUAAAAAACAAAAAGUUGAGCUCUCAAAGUUCCGGUUAAUUAUCAAAAUAUUGCCAUAAAAUGGGAGAUUACGACUCGGAUGAUGAAAAGUCCCAAGUGGAGAAGCUGCGGCACGCAAAAGUCCCGCGCGGAAUGUUCGUGAGCGGCUGGGACGACGAUGCCGACGAACUGAUCGAGGAGGACAAGAACCCACAAAGCAGCAUUGAACGCAUGAUUCUGUGGGCGGUGAAUGAGAACCGCAUCAGCGAGGUGAGGGAAAUCCUGCAGCUGGAUGCGGACACAGUGAACGCCAAGGAUAACGACGGAUACACUCCGCUGCACCGAGCUGCCUAUAAUAACUUUGUUGACAUGGCCAAGCUGCUACUGCAGUACCGUGCCAAUCCCAAUGCCCGCACGGAGCUGGGAUGGACCCCAUUGCACUCCGCCUGCAAGUGGAACAACGCGGAUUGCGCCCAUUUGCUGCUGCAGUUUGGCGCCGAUGUGAAUGCGGAAUCGGACGGCAAGCAGACGCCCCUUCACAUAACCGCCACCGUGUCCAACUGCCGGAAUACGGCGACGGUCCUCCUGCUGGAUCGGUACAUCCAGCCCCGCAAGGAGAACAACUCCGAGGAACUGGCCUCGGUGAUCGCCCGCCGCACCGGCAUGAGCUUCCCCAUUUUCGAGUCCGGAGAGGAAGCCUACGACUGCGAAACUGGACUGAUAGAUUAGCCACUUAAUAGUCAAACUAUGCGCAUACUUAUAGAAUACCUAAUACGUGUUUAUUUCAUAAAUAAUGUUGUCUGUCGAAGGAAUUGGCGGGAACCUCUGCCGCACUUUUUAGCACUGCAGUGUUCUGUAAAUACAAUGAAUCUAUGCAUUAGUUUAUUUUAGCAAUA